AUGCGCUUCACCACUGCUUUCUCCUUCGGCCUCCUGGGCUCUGUCGCAGCCGCCGUCCCCGGCAAGUCCGUCGCAUCCACUCGCAACAUCAAGCGUGGAGGCGGCUGGAACCCUGAAGACCAGAGUGGCAACGCACAGGUGUACUUCUCCUGCGACACGCACACCUACCCCAACCCAGGUGGCGCCAACGGCCAAGGAGAGGGUGGCACAGGAAUCAGCACUUCCUCCCUUGAAGUCCACCUCCCCGACGGCACAGUCCUCACCCCCGGCGACGGCGACUGCCAGCAAGACUCGGACGAAGGAGUUGCAUCCUACCUGCAAGUCUGCACCUUGAAUAACCCCGCUCUGGAAGCUGGGCACAUCAUCAUCCACGCUUUUUACGAGGAUAUCGCCGGCGAGUGCUCGAUGAAUUUCAGCUACCGGGGCCAGGAUUACUCUGUCAACAACCAGGAUGGAGAUCCUACUAGCUCGUGUGGUUGGAGUGAUGGUGGCUUUGAGGCGUUCGGAAGCUCGCUGACGGAUGUUUGCUAUUUCAAUGUUGGGGACAAUGCGCCUUCUUCGUCUGCUAGCGCGGGUCCGACGCCUACUUCGACUCCCUACAGUGGAACUCCUACUCCCCUGCGUCGCAGACGGGUUGUUUAG